GGAGACGUCCUCUGUCUCCGCACGCGAGAUAGGGAUCGGAUUGUGGUGGCGGGAGUCAGCCAGAGGAUCGCGCGUGCUCGAAGUGGAGCGAACGUGGAUACCAUGGAACGGCUCGUCGAAAACCGGGAGGAGUUCACGCACCCAAUCCGCGCCAACGUCAAAGGUGAAAUUCCGGGUUGGGUAACCGGCAAGCUCUUCCGGCUGGGACCAGGCAAGUGGGACCUCGGUCAGGGUUUCUCGCUCAACCAUUGGUUUGACGGAGCAGCAAUCAUUUCUUCUUACAAAAUAGACAAUGGAAAGGUGGAGUACAGUUCCCGUUACCUGGACUCUGAAGCCUACAAGCGAAUGAGCACAGUGAAUCGGCCCGUCGUCACAGAGUUCGGCACCAAAUGCUACCCAGAUCCCUGCAAAAACAUAUUUUCGAGGUUCUUCUCAGCCCUAGUACCGAGCGACCUCACAGACAACAACUUCGGCAAUAUAUACAGGUUAGGGGACGAGCUCUUCUGCACUUCCGAAACUUGCUUCGUCUGGAAAGUCGACGAAGACUCGCUCGAAGCAUUACAGAGGCUCGAUCUCAACAAACUGGUUUCGGUAAACCUGGCUAGCGCUCAUCCAAUCACGGAAGAGGACGGCACGACAUACAAUUUAGGAGCUAGCUUCAUUACGGGGCUCAAGUAUCACAUCGUCAAGAUACCUCCGCCAAUCAAAGGUGUCUCGGGUCUGAAACGUGCCACGGUUGCGUACCAAAUGCACAGCAGCUGGAAAACCAUGUUCAGCUAUUACCACAGCUUUGGGAUGACUUCAAACUACAUCAUCUUCGUCGAGCAACCCCUCCUAGUCAACACGAUGAGGCUUAUUGCGUCGAGAGUGAAGGGGUACUCCUUCAAAGACUGCUUCGACUGGGUACCUAAAGAAAAGACGAAGUUUGUUGUCUUGGAUCGAUCGACGGGUCAAGUGCUUCGUACGCGCUUUGUGUCCGACCCCAUGUUCUUCUUCCACGCCGUAAACGCGUAUGAAGAUAACGGACACUUGGUGUUUGACCUUAUCGGCUACGACGAUCCCUCUAUCAUGGAUAAGUAUUACAUGGAGAGACUACGUCACGAAGAUUUCGAUACCGACACUCAGGGACACUUUCGAAGAUACGUCAUUCCCCUUAUCCAGGAGAACAAUCAAGUUGAAGGUAACAUCGUCUCACUGAAGUACACGGAGGCCCGGGCGUACUGGCAGACCAACAACACCGUCUGGUUGACGCACGAGGAAAUGGGCAGAAAAGGUUAUGAUCUGCCGACAAUUAAUCCAAAGUACCAGGGAAAGAAGUACCGUUACAGCUACGGCAGUGGAAAUUUUGAACAGGGAGCUUGCAGGAACGCGAUUGUCAAGCUGGACAUCGAAAGGAGAGAGAUGGACCUCUGGAGGGAGUCCGACACACAGUAUCCCAGUGAGCCAGUCUUCAUUGCAGACCCAGAAGGGGAGGAUGAAGAUGACGGCGUAUUACUUAGCGUCAUCAACGACACCGACUAUUCCCGGCCAGACUUUCUUCUCAUCCUCGACGCCCGCUCUCUAACCGAGGUUGCCCGUGCCGAAGUAGAUCCCAGCGUCCGUGUCUGUACCUCCAUCCACGGAUGUUUCGUUUCAUCCUAACUCAUCCCCAUUUUAAAGAAGACCAAUACCACAGUCUACUACGCGCACGCCGUUCACUCGAGCCGUCGACUGGAACUUCGCUGUGAAAGUGCGCUUCAAGAACUCUUGUGUUUUUCGAGGCAUUCUCGCGGAAGUGAGCUUCUAUGGACCUCCUUCGAGGGGUUGUCAACGGUUGUGUAAGUCGCCUGCCAUAGACGUGUUUUUUGUGUACCGUGUAUGUCUGGGUCCUGAACAGCGCACUCCUUCGACAAGAUUUGAAUGAAGCACAAAUUUCAUUCUAUAGUUCAGAGCCGGAUCGGAUCCUUCCUUAGUUCACGUCCUAAACGUUAUCAUAUGUACCUGCUCUAUUCUAUUGAAGGCUGGUAUCUUUCAGGAGCUGCUUGGGCCUUUUUGUUAAGAACAACGACGCUCCCAAUGGAAAUUGAUUUUCGUAUUUGCCUUACCGCGCCAACAAUCCUAAAAAUCGGGAGGACUCCACGCAUGACGUUGGAGUCCUAGUGUGCUUGCUAGAGUUUACCGCGCAAGGUAGUUACGCAAACCGUUUUGAAAUGAAAGUUACCAGACAAGUUUAGGACGAACAGCACGUGUCGUGUUAUCACACAUUAGAAGAACGUGAUAAAAUUAUUUCAUCUGCUCGCGUUAUAGCAUCAGAAGCUUAUCAAUCAAAAUGUGUCAACUGUGCGCUUCAGUGUGUACAACUCAGAUAAAGAUGAAAUAAUUUUAGUCUAUAUGCUCGUUUCGAAGAUUAGGAUUUCUACAGCGGUAAGGCCUUUGUUUUUGUUUACGACCUUAGCAUUUAAGGCCUUAAACGUGCCCUUCUGAGGGGAGGUACUAGACUCCGACAAAGCUGCAGAAAAACUUUGUUUUCUUUAGAAUCGUAGAAACUAGGCGGUCGUUAACAGAAGCAAGAUAGCGACGAGACCAUAUUUUCUGUUUCAGUAAGAAUAGCUUGCCUUUCCGGAUGGAUGACUUAUGCUGUAAACGACAAUACCUACAGCACAUUAGCGAAACCACUGAAAAAUAUAACAGCUGUUUUGCGUUCCAUGACGUGGAAUCCUAAAGAAAGACAUCAGGCAAAGAGACCGGUGGCGUAUUACGAGGAACGCAGGAAGGUCUUGAACAGCUUGAAGCGUGAGAAAGCCGCGCAGCACGGCACGAGAUCCAGGACGGCCACAACUUAUUUUAUGCAGAAGAUAUUUUAAGAAGCAGUGGGCAACCUUCGUUUCGUAUGUAUCCCGCAGGAAUUUAUUCUCUCUGAAAUUUGUAGCGUCGUAUUCAAAAUAAAUAAAUAUUAUAUAUUGUAUCCACAGAGGGGAACAGCGGAAGUAAAUGACAAAAGCAGUUCGGUGUAUUGACGUAAUUACUUGCGGAGUAGUCCCGUGCAGUACUUCGGGGGUCUAUUGGGCAGCGUUAUCCAGUCCUAUUUUACAGCGUUACCCCCGUUGUACGAUUACAUUAUUCAGUUUUAUCCAGUCAAUCGACAUUGCUGUUCUACGGAAAGCCUCAGGAUGGUACGAGACAUAAUGCUUGUUAUCUAUAGUUAUUGAGCGAGAUUAUCCACCUAUAAUGGCUACCAAGCACAGACAAGCACCUCCGGUAACUGUUAAAUUUCAGGGUGCCGGACACUAUACCAGUCGAGCUUCCCUACGUGGUUAGAUCAUGCUGUGUGCAGCUGAAGACAACGCGGAUUGAACCGUUCAGUGCGCGAAAUAAAGUCAGUAUUCUUCUGUCACAUCUGUUGUCCGGUUCCUGGUUGCGAAGACCCUAUAAUCAUUUAGUGCUGAGUACGAUGAUGACGUAAUAGGACGUUAGUUUUGCAAUGUGUUUAUCGAGGUAUCCGUUAAGUACAACCUAACAACUUUAUCUACCCCUAGCCUGGUCGCAUUCAUCGAGUUAUAUGCUUUGUUCUCGGAAAUGCUGGAGAGUUGAUAACUUGAAACGGGCACUAAUAUGUUGAAAUUUGCACUUCUGGUGGAGCUUCCACACAAACUUCAACACCCAUUAGCUGCAUGUAUGCCGUUUUAUCAGCGAUUCUGCGAACAUUCGUGCAUGCUUCGCUGCAACAUAGUCCCAUACUAAGCCUCCAUUUCGUAAUCGCUCGAAUUAUUCGGAUUAGUUGGGCGAUAGUCGGUCCCUCAAUGUGGCGAUCCUCUAAUGGUGUGCUACUAAAACCGGAAACAAAAAAUAUAUACUGGGAUUAGCCAAAUGUACUUCAUCUGUUGACAACCUAUAGCACGACUGAUGAUGAGAGGCUCUCACGAGAUGUGGCCCAACUUUGUUUCGGGUUAACCUAUGGUAUGCCUUUGACACUACCAUGUAAGCACAGGACAUCCCCGCAGCAGUUGUCGGAGUGAUGAUGAUGUAAUGAAAUUCACAGCUUCCCUACAGGGGGGGGGGGCGGGGGGGGCGGGGGGGGGGCUCACUGUUCUAGGUGUCGACAACGCUGGUCGCGCAGUGUGUUAUGUCAUUGGAUAUUGUCGUGUUAUUAAGAUGAAUUCAGAGAUAUGGAACCUACGUGGUACAGGUCCUAUCGUUUCUGGGUUUGUACGCGUUAACGGGGACAGCAUUGCCUUCAGGAGACGCUCUGCUUCUCAGUCCCUCUGGAAAGACUGUACGCUCGACUAGAGGGAUCUCAUCAUUUCUAAGACUAGUCAUUUACUUCUUACCGAGGGACCAGGCCGCCACUGUUUCGAGCUACGCCGUUAAUGACGUUGGCUACCACGAACUUGAAACCUUGCCUUUGCGCUGAGGGGACAUCGCAUCGUGUCAGUCGCUGCCGCCGAAGAGGCGUUUUUCAAUAAAUGUUACUUGCCGUUUUCCUUUUGAAGACUUCGGAGGCGCUACCGAGAACGAGAAUUUCACUGGGAAAGUGUAUUUCCCAAAUUUGCUUCGGCUUUUGGUAAAGCUGCCUUACCCAGAGCUCUUUUGGUGCAGCGUCCCAGAUGUCCAUUUGAAACGCAGACGACGUCGCCCCGUGAUUCCUUGCCGUCAUCAAUGUUACCCAGUAAUCCUUGCGCCAUAGGGGGGGGGGGGUAUGUUUAAUGCAAAGAGAAGGGAAAGGUUAGCCACGAUGUGGCGCUAUAGUGAGCCAAGGUAUCGUGCCCCUUCCGCGUCUACGAAGUUUGCGUUAGCAGAAGACACUGGGACAUUGCAGAAGACACGGAGGUGACCUUACGAAAGAGGCACUCAAGUUCAGGAGUAGACUGGUGUGUAUUUUGCGGGUGUUUUAUUUAAGCUGUGCCCUCUUGUGACGUCACCGUAUAUGAACUUGUGUUGGAUAUUAGCUCGAAGACUGUGAUUUUGUUGAGGUACGCUUCUAGAUUCUUUUAUUUUAUUUUUGUCUCCCCCCCACGUAUAACGUUCAACGUAAGGCGUGAUGCCCUUCUGGCGGCGGCGACUGUUGAACUAUACAUAAACUACGUAAAUCUGAGGGUGCGAAGGCUGUUUAUUUUCUAUGAAUAUCAUAUAUUCGGUUGGACCACCACGAACAAGUCUGUACGACAGACCCGCGUGCUCUCGUGUACUUAAUUGUGGCAUCAUUGUAGUGUAUUACUUCUCGGGACCAGGUUCCCAAAGGGUUACCACCAUUGACUAUGCAUACUGUACAUAUGUAAUUACUGCUAUUGUGCUAAUAAAAGCAACGUUGUAGAGUUC